UCUCGGAAGGACUUAUUAUAAGCUUCGGUCCUUUCGUAAUUUAUUUUUCCUAUUUUUUUUUCUUUUUUUCUUUUUUUCUUUUUAUUACCUUCCCUAUAUUUUACAGGAAGUUUCCAUAGGGAAGUGAUCGAAAAAGAUAGGAUGAUGUUGGGUGUCACGCUGAUCUUGUUACUUAUCACUUCGCUAUUGAACUUAAGUGAGGCUGGACACGGAGGAAAGCAUGAUCAUGUGGUGAUCCAUGUACCAUAUAAAAUCAAACAUAUAUACCACACCCAUACAAUAACAAAGCAUAUACAUCACGGAGGUGGAGGAGGUGACAAAUACGAAGUUUUGGGCUAUACGGUCGGUCAUCCGAUCGAUUUGGGAGGUCAUGGAGGUGGUGGAGGUGGUGGAGGUGGUGGACAUGAUUUCGGUGGUGGCGAUUAUGGAGGUGGUCACAUUGAAGUUGGAGGCGGCGGCUAUGGAGGCGGAGGAGGACAUGGUGGAUGGGAAGAAAGCGGAGGUGGCUACGAUCUAGGUGGUGGAGGCGGUGGUUAUGGUGGUGGUGGUGGUGACUGGGGUGGUCACUGAACAAAAUUUUCACAAAUUUCUCGAGCAAAAUCUUAAAUUGUGACGGCCAAACAACAGUGAUUAUUCCUUCCCUCGCACUUAUCCGUCCAU